ACGUUACAGGUAUAAUGAGUAUAAUAUGCUGCUAUUGUUUUUUUAAUUAUUUCUCCGAAUAAUUAUCUAGCUUGUUUAUUAUAUAAAUUAAAGUUUAUUUUGUUCUUGCUAGUAUUUGUUACAUGAUACCAAAACCUGUAAGAUAUACCUACUCACCUGACCUAUUAUAGGUACUCUAUAGAGUGAACAAUAUAACAAUGAAACGAUUGACAGUAAUAAUACUUUCUUUUAUGCUGCAGGUUACACAUAUAUCAGUGUUCUAUAACAAUUUAAAGGGGCCACUGAUUGUACUCCACCGUGGAUGGCUCAAAGUAAUCCCUUUUACUCAAAGAUUUUAUUAAAGACACUGUACAGAUGUCCGUCAACUUUUGGAGACCAAAAUAAGAUAUACUGUUGUUACGACUCGGAUGGAGAUGUUGAAUGUUGCAAUUUUCAAGAGUAUUUCGCUUUUAGAUUUUUUUGUCUUAUUCCAAUUAUUUUAAUAGUGUUAAUCAUUCUAUCAGUUGUCGGCACUAUGUGUUGUUUUCUGUGCCCAUUUUGCACGAUUUAUAAGCGCAGACAAACUAGAAGUAAUUUAACAGGUUGUGCACCACCACCGUAUCGUCAGACAAGUACAAGAUUUCCUCAAAGACCCGUGGAUACCAUUUAUUCAAGUACAAAUGAUAAAUGAUGACAACCAAGGAUCAAGAUGCAUCUCAUAUUCUCAUUAUCUCAAUAUUAAUAAAAAUAAACAAACAAAAAUUAUAUUUUAAAAAGAGGAAAUAAUACAAUAUUUUUAUUAUAGCUCUAUAUAUUCUCUAAAUGUUGCUAUAACUAUGCCUUAGGGUUAUAUCUCUGUAUUUAAGGUCACUUACAACGCACAACAUAAAA